CUGAGACGAUACCAGUAUCAGUUGCUCAAAAAACAGAGAAGCCUAAAAGGAUUUGCCAAUUGCCAUGGAAACAGCUUCAUGUUCGAUUCUUAAUUCUCUCCGUUUCUCAACCACCAUAACCAACUCUAACAAAUUCUACUAUGAAUCUCGUCCAAGAAGUAAUUACAAUUUCUGCUUGCGUCCUUCAUGUGCUUUCACUUCCUCUUGGAAAUUCAAUUUUCUGGGGAAAUACUUGCAACCCAAUGAGUUCACUCCAUUUUGUUCCCCCCCUAGCUUCCCAAACGAAAACCCAUCUCCAGAACUUGCUGUUCUUCUCGAAGUUGAUGGGGUCCUUAUGGAUGCAUAUCGCUUAGGAAAUCGCCAAGCCUUUAAUGUAGCAUUUAUGAAGCUUGGACUUGAUUGCGCAAAUUGGACUGAACCUGUUUAUGUAGAUCUCAAAAGGAAGAGUGCUGGUGAUGAGGAAAGGAUGCUGAUUUUAUAUUUUAAUCAGAUUGGUUGGCCUACUUCGUUGCCCACAAGUGAGAAAGGCACAUUCAUAAAAAAUGUUUUGCGAGAAAAGAAAGUUGCAAUGGAUGAAUUUAUGAUGUCAGAAAGUUCACUUUUACGUCCUGGAGUAGAAGAUUUUAUUGAUGAUGCAUCUAAUCAAGGAAUACCUGUGGUCAUUCUAACGGCAUAUGGUAAAAGUGAGGAAAAUAUUGCAAGAUCCAUUGUAAACAAGCUUGGGCAUGAAAAAACUACAAAGAUAAAGAUUAUUGGUAAUGUGGAAGUGAAAAAGAGUUUAUAUGGACAACUUGUGCUUAGUAGUGGAGUGUUGUCUGGUUUGGAUGAGCAGCUAGCUUUGGAAGCAAGAAAAGCAGUUUCUGCUGAGAAACAAAAGAUAGCUGAGGAGGUUGCAUCAAUUCUAAAGUUGAGUGUUCAGAUUGAUACUAGCUCAACUGAAAGCCUAGUGAAGAUUGUAGCUGCAUUGCGUGCUGGUGCAGAGUAUGUUGGAGUAUCUGUAAACAAUUGUGUCCUUGUUGCCGGAAGCCAAUCUGGAGUGGCUGCAGCUGGGCAAAUUGGCAUGCCCUGUGUUGUCCUCCGGAGUAGUUUGACGUCUAGAGCUGAGUUCCCUUCAGCGAAAGCUGUAAUGGAUGGUUUUGGAGGUGCAGACCUGACUAUUUCAAAACUACGGCAGAAGCUAUGUUGAUGAGUGCAAACUUAACGCUAAACAGGAUUCUCAUUGCUUUCCCAAAAGAAGGAUCCCAAGUAGCAGCAAUAUGGUCACAGGCAGCAAUGCAGCAGCAUAUAGGACGUUAAGUUUCAUGGGGCUGUGACCUUUGAGAAGGUGUGGAAAGAAUUGAGCAGCUUUGUAAUCUUGUUACGACUUCAAGAGAACAAUUUUCCUUUUAGAGAGAAUUAGUUCUAUCAGCAAAGCAAAUGCGUAUUCAUUAUUUUUAAUUAGUGUUUUAAUAUAAUAAUUAUCAUAAUGUAUGCAUGACAAAUUUAUAAUUUUUAUUUUUUAAUUUAAUUUUUAAUUACAAUAAAUUUUUAUUAUUUAA